GUUAACACAAUUCGUUAUUAAACCAUGGAUUUGAUUUACCAAAUCCAUAAUUAUUGUAUACUCUUUGAUAGAUAUAGCGCAACCCAAAUUAAUUCCUAAUCCUUAUUUUAAAAGUUCUUAGUAGUUCUCUUUUCUUAUUUUGAAUGCAAAUACCUAACUAAAUACUAAUAAAAUUCUUUGUUGACAGCAAUCUAUGCUUCACAGUAGUAUAUAUUUUGUAUAUCGAAGUCCUAGAUAGGAAAGUAGAGUAGGCACAGAUCCUCCACAAAAGGCAAAAUGUAUAUGAAAAAAAGAUUGAUUGAACUUUCCAACGGACUCAUUCCAUGAGUAAACAAUUGAAUGGGAUUCGCUUGGGUAACGAAAUCAAGUCCUGGUCCCCUUUUCUCUCUUAUUGAAUUAACUAAUUCAUUUCCUUUUUACUUUUGAAUUUUUUUUGACUUGAUUUGGCAUUAUUCAACAAUAAGAAAAGAAAAAUUUCGACAAAUUCCUUUUUUUAAUUAUGUGAUAAUUAUGAGAACCAAUCCUACUACUUCUCCUCCCGGGGCUUCCACAAUUGAAGAAAAAAGUACAGGUCGUAUAGAUCAAAUUAUUGGACUCGUGCUGGAUGUCACUUUUCCCCCAGGCAAGUUACCUUAUAUUUAUAACGCUUUGGUAGUCCAGAGUAGAGACACUGACGAUAAGCAAAUUAAUGUGACUUGUGAGGUACAACAAUUAUUAGGAAAUAAUCGAGUUAAAGAUGUAUCUAUGAGUGCUACGGACGGGUUGAUGAGAGGAAUGGAAGUGAUUGACACGGGAGCUCCUCUCAGUGUUCCGGUCGGUGGAGCUACUCUUGGACGAAUUUUCAACGUUCUUGGGGAGCCUGUUGACAAUUUGGGUCCUGUAGAUAGUAGUGCAAUGUUCCCUAUUCAUAGAUCUGCGCCUGCCUUUAUCGAGUUAGAUACGAAAUUAUCCAUCUUUGAAACAGGUAUUAAGGUCGUCGAUCUUUUAGCUCCUUAUUGACGUGGAGGAAAAAUAGGACUAUUUGGGGGGGGCUGGAGUAGGUAAAACAGUACUGAUCAUGGAAUUAAUCAAUAACAUUGCUAAAGCUCAUGGGGGCGUAUCCGUAUUCGGUGGAGUAGGGGAACGGACUCGUGAAGGAAAUGAUCUUUAUAUGGAAAUGAAGGAAUCCGGAGUAAUUAAUGAAAAAAAUAUUGAGGAAUCAAAGGUAGCUCUAGUCUAUGGCCAAAUGAAUGAACCACCGGGAGCUCAUAUGAGAGUUGGUUUAACUGCCCUAACUAUGGCGGAAUAUUUCCGAGAUGUUAAUAAGCAAGACGUGCUUUUAUUUAUCGAUAAUAUCUUUCGUUUUGUUCAAGCAGGAUCAGAGGUAUCCGCUUUAUUAGGGAGAAUGCCCUCCGCAGUGGGUUAUCAACCUACUCUUAGUACAGAAAUGGGUUCUUUGCAAGAAAGAAUUGCUUCUACUAAAAAGGGAUCUAUAACUUCGAUUCAAGCAGUUUAUGUACCUGCAGACGAUUUGACCGACCCUGCCCCUGCCACAACAUUUGCACAUUUGGAUGCUACUACCGUACUUUCCAGAGGAUUAGCUUCCAAGGGUAUUUAUCCAGCAAUAGAUCCUUUAGAUUCAACCUCGACUAUGUUACAGCCUCGGAUCGUUGGCAACGAACAUUAUGAAACUGCGCAAAGAGUUAAGGAAACUUUACAACGUUACAAAGAACUUCAGGACAUUAUUCCAAUUCUUGGCUUGGAUGAAUUAUCGGAAGAGGAUCAUUUAACUGUAGCAAGAGCAAGAAAAAUUGAGCGUUUCUUAUCACAACCGUUCUUUGUGGCAGAAGUUUUUACUGGUUCUCCAGGAAAGUAUGUUGCUCUUGCGGAAACUAUUAGGGGAUUUCAACUAAUCCUUUCCGGAGAAUUAGACGGCCUACCUGAAGAGGCUUUUUAUUUGGUGGGUAACAUCGAUGAAGCUAGCACGAAAGCUAUAACCUUAGAAGAGGAGAACAAAUCGCAGAAAUGAAAUUAAAUCUUUAUGUACUGACUCCUAAGCGAAUUAUUUGGGAUUGUGAGGUGAAAGAAAUCAUUUUAUCCACUAAUAGUGGCCAAAUUGGCGUAUUACCAAACCACGCCCCCAUUAACACAGCAGUAGAUAUGGGUCCUUUGAGAA